AUGUUUACAGGUGAAGACAUCCAAUUUCUAUAGUAAUUACAUUAAUUGAAAGAAAUUACCAAAAUAGGCUAGGGUAGUUUUGGUAAAGUAUAUAAAGCAAUUGAUUUAACAGACAAAACUAUUUGUGCAGUAAAGGUAAUAUAUAAAGCAAUUAAGAGGUUAUUUCCAAAAUAAUUUACAAUAGUACAACUCCUGAGUAAGAUAUCUAUAUGCAAUUGAAUCAUCCCAAUAUUGUGAGAUGCAAAAGAGUAUGAGUAAAAACAUUUAUUAAGAUUUCAGAAAACAAAAAGUGUUAUUAUAUAAUCAUGGAAUAUAUGGAAGGAGGUACUUUAGCAUAGAAAAUCAAAGAUAAACAAUUAAAUGAAUAGGAGGCAGCUAUCAUUAUGAAAUAGAUUUUAGAAGGUGUAAACUACUUACAUGAUAGAUCAAUCAUACAUAGAGACAUUAAACCAGAGAACAUUAUGUUGACAGGAACAAAUGUUAAAAUUGCUGAUUUUGGGUUGAGUUUUAGAUUCUCAACUACAGAAGGUAAUUUUCAUAAAUUAUUGAAUAAAAAAUGUGGAACUAUUAUUUACAUGGCACCUGAAUAAUUUACAGAAAAAUAUGUACAUUAUUUAUUUUCAUAUUAAACUAUAGUAUAGUAAAUAAGUCGAUGUAUGGAGUUGUGGAAUUAUACUUUAUAUGUUAUUAAAUGGAGGAAUUCAUCCUUUUUAUAAUAAGGAUGAUACCAAAUACGAUUUUAUUAAAAAGAUUCUUAAUCCUUCUAUAGAAAUUCCUUUCAAUAUUACUCCAUUAGCUAAAGAUCUUUUAUAUAAAUUGAUUAAUGUUAAUCCUAUAGACAGAUAUAAUGUGAGUUAAGCAUUGAUGCAUCCAUGGAUUACAAGGAAAUUUCAUGAAAAAAUUCCACUGACUUAUUAAUAACAAUUGGAUUAAUUUCUAAAAGAAUAAUAAAUACAAUAAGUAUGCAUGUACAAUAUUUAAAUAUAGUAAUUUAAAUUGUUAUUCUUUUUACAAUACCUUUUUCGUAAUUCCCCAAGAACUCAAGUAUUUUAAGAUAGUGUAAAAGAAUUAGAUUAAGUAAAUUCAAAACUUUAGUAAAAUCAAAUUAAUACUAGUCCAAAUCAAAAUAAAUUUAAGAUCUUGUAAUUAAGUAAUAAACAUAAAAAUUAAUGUCAUACAACUCCAAGGAUUGAAUCAUAAGGAAAAUUUCUUGAUUUUUCAUUAACAUAAAAAACCAAUUUUAAAAAAUCUAUGGAGAAUAUAUUGGUUUUUGAAAAAGAUAAAUGUGAAAAAAGUUAAAAUUGUUCAGCAAGAUCUUUGAAAUAAAAAUCUAGUCAAAUGGUUAAUAAAUAUUUUAUGCCAACUUCAUUUUAAGAAUCAUCUUGUGCUUCCAAUAAAAUGAAGUUUAAAAUAAAUAGGAAAGAAUUACCUCCAAUAAAAACUAAAUGA